CGGGACACUAGGGGGCGAGAUGUUCAAUAACAACCUCAAUGUUUCUGAAUCAGAGUGGAGAUGAAGAACAUAUCCGUUGUCAAGCAAAUCAUCUGUAGACUGUUUUGGACAGGUUCACGUUUUAGUUAUUACAAAUAGCUAUAAAAUAGAAUAUAAUGCUUUAGAAACUAGAUUAAUGUAAAGUGGACUGUAUAAAGUUUAUAAACGCCACAUUACUGGAGCUUAUUAACUUUGGGAGCGCACGCGCUGUCAGCACGAUGCUGUCCGAGGUGUUGGAGGGAGCGGAGUCGGGAGGACUCGUUAUAAUCAGGGACACUGCGUGUUAUUCUGGACGACGCCUGCUCAAGUAUUACAUGAACUGCGCUUUAAAGAGGGGUGACGCUAUCCAUGUGUUGGGGUUUGAAGUUCCCGAAAACAAGGUGUGUGCCAAACUGGACAGCAAUUACCUGCAUUUGUUUCGCUUCCACAAUGCAUACACAGACCCUCUGGGCUGGACCGAGCAGUCCUUGUUCACAGUAAAAAAUUUCACAGCAACAGAAAUCACACAGCUUCUUCAGGAGACACAACACACUGAAGCCCCACUACUUUUUAUUGACUCUUUGUCUUGGGUUGUAAGACAUCAUGACACUGUUGCCGUCUGUCAAGAACUUCAGAAGCUUAAGAAAGCAGGAGGCUCUGUAAAGAUGAUUUUCGGACUCUUACAUGCAGAUCUCCAUCAGCAAGCUGUUGUGUCAACAAUAAGCCAUUUAGCAAGCACUGUUAUUUCUGUUAAACCUGUACACAAUGCAUGUCAUGCUGUGGCCGAGACAUCACAGCGUAGGAAAUCUGGAAAGGUUGUGCAAAAGGAGGAGAUUUUCAGUUUAACAGAGGACCUGACGCUGUCAAUAGAGACUAAACCCAGCCAAUCUGGAAAUGUUCAAACAGACCUACACACUAAGCCUGAGGUGGAUCCAACAUCAAAUUUGACCUUUAAUCUACGUUUGUCUGAGGUUGAAAGAGAAGCGAAGGAAAAAGUUGCUCUACCCUUUGUCUUCAGCGAUGAAAAAAAGUCUGCUCUCCUAAGGCCAGGCCGGGGUUCUGGGCGCAUUAUGUAUGAACCUGAUGCUAAUGAUGACUUUGAUGAAGAAGACCCAGAUGAUGACCUUAAUGUCUAAAUGGUCCCUUUAAUUCCAGUAUUUUGAAUAAAAAUCUGUAUUUAUGCAAAUU